UUUCAAACUAUUAAAUUCACCACCUCUCUCUCUCCGUCUCUAUCAAGUCACUACUAUUUUCUCUCUCCACCUUUUUUUUCCUUUCCCUCUCUUCUUUAAAUAAAUACCAGAGUUUUCUUUGCAUGGAGGACGCCCACUCCACUUCUCCAAACAAUACUACUUUGUGUCUCUAGUUUUUUCUUGUAUGACGUUGAUGGAGGCUAAUGGUUCGGCGAGUCAGAGGAGGGUGCAGAGACUGAGAUGUUCGAUGCAGAACUACGAUUGGGGUCGAUUCGGCCGCCAAUCGCGUGUUGCCAGGCUGUUCUCUCUGAAUUCUGGGGUCGACGUCGACGAAGCCAAGCCUUACGCUGAGUUCUGGAUGGGCACUCACAACUCUGGACCCUCCUUCGUCCUCCAAAGCUUCAACAAUGGGGAGUCGAUUGGUUCCGAGAGUUUGGGUUUGAGUUUGAACUCGUGGAUUGCCAAAGACCCUGGUGUUCUUGGCGAUAAGGUUAUUCAGAAAUGGGGCGUUACUCUUCCUUUCUUGUUCAAGGUACUUUCAGUUUCAAAGGCAUUGUCGAUACAGGCCCAUCCUGAUAAGGAAUUUGCUGGGUUUCUUCACAAGACUCGGCCUGAUGUCUUCAAGGAUGAUAAUCACAAGCCUGAAAUGGCUUUGGCACUAACAGAAUUCGAGGCCCUCUGUGGGUUUAUUAGCCUCAAGGAGCUUAAGGAUGUUCUUCAAAAUGUUCCUGAGAUUGUAGAAGUGGUUGGCAGUGUAUAUGCAAACCAAGUGUUAACCAUCAACCAUGAAGAUGGGGAGGAAAAAGUAAAAUCAGUUCUGCGGUCAAUAUUCACUCAACUCAUGUCUGCUAGCAAGGAUGUGAUUUCCAAAGCACUAUCCAAUUUGAAAAGUCGCCUCAACCAGGUGAGGCAGUUGACAGAUAAGGAACAGCUAGUAUUGCGCCUAGAAAAGCAAUAUCCAGCUGAUGUCGGUGUCCUAGCAGCUUUCCUCUUUAACUAUGUGAAGCUUAAACCAGGUGAAGCAUUGUAUCUAGGGGCAAAUGAACUCCAUGCCUACUUACAUGGUGAAUGUAUUGAAUGCAUGGCAACUUCAGACAAUGUUGUGCGUGCUGGCCUAACUCCAAAGAGCCGGGAUGUCCAAAUUCUUUGUUCCAUGCUCACGUACAAACAGGGUUUUCCUGAAAUUCUACAAGGAGUCCCGUUAAAUCCAUACACCAGAAGGUACCUCCCUCCUUUCGAUGAAUUUGAAGUUGAUCGCUGCAUUCUUCCCCAGGGUGCAUCAGUUGUUUUUCCAGCAGUCCCUGGCCCCUCUGUUUUUGUGAUCAUGGAGGGAGAAGGAACAAUGCAUGCGUCGUCCUUUGAAGAUGUAGUUAGGGAGGGUGAUGUUCUAUUCACUCCUGCAAAUACUGAUAUAAGCGUGAGAACAGCAUCUGAAUUACAUCUAUAUAGAGCUGGUGUGAACAGUCGGUUCUUUCAGGCGUCUUGAGUUGGAGCAUGGCAUGGUAUUUCAUGUGGGGAUCCUAAUUUGGUUUAUUGUAGACGCCAUUGGUAUUAUUGGUUUGUGGAAUUGUAAUUUAUGUAAUAUUAUCUCUUUCCAUGUACGUGCAUGAAUAAUGAUGCAUAGCAAAAGUUACAGAAAUAGUGAAAUAGCAGUUGGAAAAGAAAUAUGUAGGCAGGCUUGCCAAGACUAUCAUGUUACUUACUAGUAAAUUACAAAUUUAAUUUGAAGGCAUUGAUAUUGAA